AUAAUGAGCAAGGCUACCGAUUACUGGGCAGCGAUUCAAUCGGACAAUUUCCCAGCAGCCUUUGCGCGGUCACGAGCGAGCGGUACGUUUCCGGAGCGCACCGAGGACACAUCAAGAAACGUCCCAAGUGUCAUUUCGACGUGUGACUGAAGAUCAACAAGAUGUCUGAUACCGUGGAAGAGAAGAUCAAGAACUACAGGACUGCUCCCUUUGACGCCCGAUUCCCCAACACCAACCAGACCCGCAACUGUUUUCAGAACUACCUGGACUUCCACAGGUGCAAUAAAGCCCUGUCGGCCAAAGACCAAGAUGUGGCUCCCUGCGAUUGGUACCAGAGGGUCUACAAGAGUCUCUGUCCUAUGAGCUGGGUGGCAAAAUGGGACGACCAGAUAGAGAAUGGAAGUUUCCCAGGGAAGAUCUAAGAUGGCCAGCUGUUAUUGUUUGGAACAGUCCAGUCCGGGACAUUCUGUUACCUGCAGCUCAGUAAUGGGCCAAAGGACAUUGUUGUCAAGGAUGCUACUGUUAUAAACUUAAAAUUUAAACUCUCACAACUUUGCAUGUUGAGGACUGAAGUUAUUUUUCCCGUCUCAAUUGUAAACUACUUGUUUGCUUUGUUUAAUCAUUAAACACAGUACAAAUUUAA